AUGGGCACCAGGAUCCACCAGACUUAUUCUGCCAAGGUGGAGGCUGCUGUCAACCGCCUAGUUAACCUGCAUCUGCAGGCCUCCAACACCGACCUCUCUCUGGGCUUUUAUUGCAAAGGCAGCAAUGUGACUGUGGAGGGCCUGGGCCACUUCUUCCACGAGGCGGCUGAGGAGAAGCGUGAGGGCGCCCAGCGUCUCUUGAAGUCCCAAAACCAGUGGAGCAGCUUCGCCCUCAUCCAGGAUAGGCAGAAGCGGUCCCCAGAUGAGUGGAGUGGCAGCGUGGUUGCCAUGGAGGCUGCCAUCGUCCUGGAGAAGAACCUGAACCAGGCCGUUUUGGAUCUGCAUGCUCUGGGUUCUGUCAACACAGACCCCCGUCUCUGUGACUUUCUGAAGAGCCACUUCCUAGAGGAGAAGAUGAAAGUCAUCAAGAAGAUGGGCGACCACCUGACCAACCUCCGCAGGCUGACAGGCCCCAAGGCCAGGCUGGGCGAAUCUCUCUUCCGAAGGCUCACCCACAAGCACAACUAG